AUGGUGCUGAAAGGUAUUGGAAGGUGUCCUGCUUUCUUCUGGAUGGCCAUUAGCUUGGACGUGGGAGGGCUUUCCUUACUUUUAGUUGGCAUUUUUGCUAAUGUGCAGGUGGGUGGUAGGGGCUUUGGGGACUGUCUCGUUUACAGCGGCUCGAUCAUCGUCUUCUUCAGCUUGGUCUGGUGGCUCUUCUGGUGCACGGGCAACAUCGAGCUCCCUCCGGAGGAACUGGAGAACGCCAAGAGCUUGGCCCAGUUGACCAGAGGGUUUUCCGAGAGGUUGCCCGUGAAAAGUAAGGACUCGCCGCGGGAGGUGGACGCUACGGCCAUCCGCUGGGACACGGUGCAGCGGUUCAGUGAAACAGCGCCUCCCCAGACACAGCAGCCCAGAUAUGUUGAACUCAGCAAUGUGAGGUACCCCCAGUAUAUACUGACCAGCAGAGUACAGCAACAAGGAGAGCGACUAGUCUAA